GGAGCGCCGUGAGCAUUCCUCCUUCUUACCCACUGCAUUCCUCAGAGAAUGGCGCCCCCUCCUGGAACAACUGGUGCUAACUUAUCUAGGAAGAAAUGGGCUUAUUGCUUUGCUCUGGUGACGUCGCUGUUUUUUACUUGGGGAUUUGCAUAUGGGCUUCUGGAUGUACUCAACGCUCACUUCCAAACCGUAUUCGGUAUCAGUAAAUUGCAAAGCACGAUGCUGCAACUAGCAUAUUUUGGAGCUUAUUUCGUCUGGGCGCCGUUCGCUGGUGUAUUUAUGAGGCGAAUCGGUUAUAAAAAAGGAAUACACAUUGGUCUCGGCCUAUAUUCCCUCGGCGCAAUAUUCUUUUGGCCAUGUGCUAAAUACGAGACGUAUGGUGGAUUUGUUGGAUGCACUUUCGUCAUUGGUUGUGGUCUUUCUACUCUCGAAGUAGCGGCUAAUUCCUACAUAUCUGUCCUUGGUACUCCACAAUAUGCAGCUGCAAGAUUAAAUUUUAGUCAAGGAUUCCAAGGUGUUGCAUCAUUUGCUGGACCUCUAAUUGCCGCUAGAUGGUUCUUCACUGGAAAGAAUGCGGACAGCCUCGGCACGGUACAAUGGGUGUAUCUGGCUGUAGCGGGACUCGGAGUUGUUCUAAACAUCCUUUUCUACUUUUGUGAUCUACCAGAAAUCACGGAAGAUGCACUAGAGGAGGAAAUGGCGGCGGUAGGAUUGAAAGAAGAACCGGAGUCCUUUUGGAGACAAUACCGCUGUAUUUUUGGCUUCGUCGCCCAAACCUCCUACACUGGGGCGCAAGUUACAAUCGCGUCGUUUGCUGUUUUCUUCCUUACUGAACAGGGAAUCGGGAUCUCUCAAUCAAGAGCAAGUACAUUGUUCUCCCUGUGUCAGAUCACUUUUACGAUCGGACGGUUUAUAGGGGUGAUUAUUUUGAACUUUAUCGAUCCAGCUCUCCUCUUGUCUUUCUAUGGGUUAUGUUGCUCCGUGUUCUGUCUCUGUGUCUCUCAGCUACAAGGAUAUGCUGGAGUCGGUUGUCUCUUUGCGUUAUUCUUCUUCGAGUCCAUUUGCUACCCGUGUAUCUUCACUCUUGGAACGAAGAAUCUAGGAGUUCAUACCAAGAGAGGUUCUGGUCUCAUUGUUAUGGGUGUUGGUGGAGGCGCUUGGUACCCACCAGCCCAAGGUGGUCUGGCAGACAUAUCUAGCACUCGUCGAUCAUACCUAGUUCCCAUGAGUGGUUACAUAGCUAUGACCAUCUACGCCGUCGGUCUGGUGGUAGAUCAAGCCAUGAAAAAUGGCUUCACGAUACGCAAUGUGGAUGAAUUGACGCAAAGACGGGCAGUCAUAUUGACUGCAUUCCCUUCAACAAUAAAUGCAGACAUAUUAGUUAUCAAGAAUGACGACAACGAGACGCGGAGUAGUAACGAAAAGAAGGUGCCGAAGGAAGAUCUUAUUGAAGUCAUUGCCUAGUGCUCCGUGAGACCAAUCUGCAUUUAUUCCUAGAGAAAAGGGUACAUCCUCUAGUAGACACUUGCCAUCAUGACCUAUCAUUUUGCCCAGUCCGCGGUAUGAUGUAUCGUAUCUGUAUUAUAGUUUAACAGAAAGCAACUUAUGAUGUUUUGCAUGUCAAGCCAGUGAGUAGUAGACUUGUCUAUCUGUGUCCUUUUAGGCGACUAUACAGCAGAAGUGCGUGAACCAGCCAGACGGUCUACCACCUGCCGAAUGUAAGGCAAUGAUAAUAAAUUGCCAAUAAAUGGCAAUUGUCUCAGGAAUGUAAGAAUCACAGGGAAGAAGUCACCGAAUAGGUUCAAGAAACCAAAUGUCUCGACAACCAUCCCGAUAAAUGGAUACUUGAGGAACACGAGUAGAACACCUCCGAUGAAACAUGCAGUUCCGCGUAGUUUCUGUUUCCUUGCAAAGAAGUAGAAAGUCUUUUGUGGACCGAUUAUCAAGGUUAGACCUGAAAUAAACAGCAUAUUUCCCAGCGCUAAAAGGGCUGCAUCGAAGAAUAGCAUGACACCCAAGAACAUAAACAGCCCUCCGAAAGUCGUGAGGGCCACGCCAAUUUUUUGCGUGUCAGACAACCACAUCGUCGAAAUUGCAAAUAGUACUGAUCUUCAAGAUUCAAUACAACAGUCCUUCAGGCAGCGAAUAAGUGAAUAGUGAGAAUGUGCGUGUCAGUAGCGCUGGUGACGGCGUUGAGUC